AUGGCUGAUCAAUUGACAGAAGAACAAAUAGCUGAAUUCAAAGAAGCUUUUUCUCUUUUCGAUAAGGAUGGAGAUGGAACUAUUACUACGAAAGAAUUAGGCACUGUCAUGCGUAGUUUGGGGCAAAAUCCAACCGAAGCAGAAUUACAGGACAUGAUCAAUGAAGUAGAUGCUGAUGGUAAUGGUACGAUUGAUUUUCCCGAAUUUCUCACAAUGAUGGCACGUAAAAUGAAAGAUACUGAUAGUGAAGAAGAAAUUCGCGAAGCAUUCCGUGUAUUUGACAAAGAUGGUAAUGGAUUCAUAUCCGCCGCAGAAUUGCGUCAUGUGAUGACAAAUUUGGGUGAAAAAUUGACAGACGAAGAAGUUGAUGAGAUGAUUCGUGAAGCAGAUAUUGACGGAGAUGGUCAAGUCAACUACGAAGAGUUCGUAACCAUGAUGACAUCAAAAUAA